UUUUAAUAAAGAUGAUGAAGAACUUGAAGAAUUAAUUGUAUUACUUCCAGAAGUUAACAUUAUAUUAAAUGCAAAUAAGGAAAAAGAAGAGAAACCCAUAGCAGAUGAAAUUGAAUUUACAUCUAUAUUGAAAAAAGUUAAUCUGAUAAAA